CUGUGCAUUCCUGUACCGAGGGGGAACUUCUGCCCCAGUUUCUGUCCCCAACUCCAAGAAAUGGAGAAUUCCUUAAUGCGUCUGUCAAUCGGGAACUGGAAAUCAAGCUGAGCGCUACCGCAUCACAAUCAUGGGUAAACGACUUCAUUAUCAGCGGACCGCUGAACAUCACAAAAUACAAUACUAUCAAUGGGGCAGUUGGAAAAUCUCUAAUAAGGUGGACACCAACUGAAAAUGACCUUGGUGAUCAUGUUCCAAUUUGCUUCAUUGCAGAGAGUCACUCUGGGUCCAGAAUCUUUCAUUCGGAAAUGAGAUGCGUCAUUGUCUCUGUUGUACGUGGACCUGGCAAAGCCACUGUGAUUUGUGAUGAGAACACAAUGACAGUGGAAGUGGAGAAGGCCUCAAUAAUUGGACUUCAUGAAGAUCACCUGCGUCUCAAUGAUGCCUCUUGCACCCCCAUCUCCAACGCCACCCAUGUGAUCGCUGCCAUGUCCCUCAGCUCCUGUGGGACAAUACUGGAGGAGGACGUGGACAACCUGAUCUUCAAAAAUGAAAUUACGUCAUAUGACAAACUUGGUGACGUCAUUACCAGGAAACAUCAGGUGGAGAUCGAGUUCUCAUGCACGUACCCCAAGAAGGGCAAUGUGUCUCUGGAAUUCCGGGCGCACAAGAUUCCUUUCGUGUUCACGGAAAAAGGGUUCGGAAAGUUCACCUACCAGUUUGAGUUCUUCCACAGUAACCUGUUCGACCGCAUGGUGGACCCCAGUACCUACCCAGUAGAGGUGUCCCUGAGAGAGAUGCUCUACAUGGAAAUCAAAGCCACUUCCUCUUUUGCCAACACUGAACUCUUUGUGGAGUCCUGCAGAGCAACCCCUGUUGAUGACCCCAACUAUCACAUUUUCUAUGACAUAUUUGAAAAUGGUUGCGCAGUGGACGAGACGGUGGUGGUCUAUCCAAGUCACUCUUCAGAAUUCAAAUUUGGAAUUGAGGCCUUCAAGUUCAUUGGGCAACAUGAGGAGGUCUUCAUAAGCUGCUCAGUCAUCCUGUGUGUGGCAGGGAACCCCUUCACCAGAUGUUCUCAGGGCUGCAUCAAUGCCACAGCCUCCCCUGUUGCACAUCACCACCACAGGAGGGCUGUUGCCACAGAGACGGUCAGACACUACAUUUCCCAGGGGCCUUUGCGUCUAAAGAAGAGCACAGACAUCACAGUUUCCAGCGUUGGCUUGAACGUGAACCUGGUUUUCAUCGCUGCUGUUCUCCUGGUCGUGGUUGCCAUUCUGUGUGGAGCAGUGAUUUAUGCAGCAAAGAGGUCAAAGGUGAAAUACCAACCAAUUCCAUCUACUGACCCUGAGACCCUGUAAUGUUGGCUCAUUAAGCAUAAUGCGUGCCUUUUUAACAAUCACAUUCAUGCCAUAGUUGCCUUUUUCAAAUGAAAGAUUAAAAAUUAUUUUAAAAAAUAAUAAUAAUAAAUUUCUGGAUUUGUUUAUCAGAACCCUUCCGUAACCUUGACUGUUCAGUAACCUAGAUGAUGCAAAAUGUAAUGUUGUAAUGUCUCUGAAUUAAUUUGAUAUAAAGGUUGCACAGAUAGGUGGUAUUGUAGUAUAAUGGUUCAAGUACUGGCAGUACUUCGGUUCCCAGAUAGGACCCUGUCCUUGCUAUAUGGAAAAUUAAAGUGAACAUCACUGUGAAUAAGAGUGUCUGCAAAAUGCCCUUUAUGUAAAUAAUAAUACUCUCAUGCAUUUUUAAUGCUUUCAUUUUCCAUCACAUGGUACCUGUAUUUUGUUUCACUUUCAACUUGUGGAUGAAGUGGGGAAAAGACAUACUUUUUCUAUUUGUUUGUAACUUGUUUAUCUGCUGUCUUGUGUUACCGUGUUGUUUGUCAUAUCCCCCCUUGCAAAAGUUAUUUUGAUCUUAGUGGGGUUUUCUUGGUUAAAUAAAGGUUCAAAAAGAAAAA